AAUCCUCAAUGCUCACCACGUUCAGCACCCCGUUCGGGCGUUUCAGGUUCCUGCGCAUGCCCUUCGGGAUCAAUUCUGCUAGUGAAGUGUUUCAGCGCUCAAUGGAACAGCUGUUCGCAGGUUACCCAUGUUCAGUCAUUGUCGACGACAUCAUCAUUGGCGGACGCACUGUCGCCGAACACGAUGCCAAUCUAGAAAAAGUCCUCACACGUGCAAGAGAAGUCAACCUCAGGCUAAACCCUGCAAAGUGCAAGUUCCGACUAGAACAGGUAUCGUAUGUGGGACACAUCUUCACCUGUGAAGGCCUUAAGGCAGAUCCUACAAAAACAGCUGCCAUCAGCGCCAUGCCGGUUCCCACGGAUGUCACAUCACUGCAGCGGUUCCUUGGCAUGGUCAACUACCUCGGCAAGUACAUACAAAACCUUAGCGAGAUUGCAGCACCCCUGAGACAGCUCACACACAAGGAGACAGCCUGGUGUUGGUUUCAGCAGCACCAAGAGGCCUUCGACCGCCUGAAAGCCUGCCUGUCGAGCCCUCCAGUCUUAGCAUACUACAACGUUGAGGAGCCAGUCACACUCACCUGUGACGCGUCGUCCCAUGGUCUAGGUGCUGCAUGUCUACAACAUGGCAGACCAAUAGCCUUCGCGUCUCGUUCCCUUACCGACACCGAAACACGGUAUGCCCAGAUCGAAAAAGAGCUGCUGGCUGUCGUCUUCGCCUGCACUAAAUUCAGAGACUAUGUUUACGGAAAGCCCAUUAUAGUGGAAACAGACCACCAGCCCUUGGUCACCAUCGUCAAGAAGCCCAUCCACGUCGCCCCUGCCCGGCUACAGAGGAUGCUGCUACGCCUGCAAAGCUACAACUUCAGCCUGGUCUACAAAAAGGGUAAGCACAUGUAUCUUGCAGACACCCUCUCCAGAGCUCCAUGCACAAAGACCCCACAGAGCCAGUCCGAGGCCACGGAGUUUGAAGUCAUGACCGUCGAGUGCAUCUCCACGGCCCGUCUGGAGGAGCUGAAAAGGCACACGGAGCAGGACGAAGUGCUGCAAACCCUCAGCAGAGUCAUCAACAGAGGAUGGCCACCCAGAGAAGGACAACUCCAGGCUUCCAUUGCGCCUUUCUUUCCCUUCAGAGACGAGCUCAGUGUGGAGGAUGGUGUCAUCAGGAAAGGCCACAAAGCAGUCAUUCCCCGCACCCUACAGAGAGAGUACAUCAACAUCGUUCACAAGGGCCACCCGGGUGUCGACGCCACCAAACGCAGAGCCAGAAGCGUCAUCUUCUGGCCCGAUAUGUCGAAGGACAUCGCAGAGGAGUUACUCUCAUGCACGGUUUGCAACAGCACUGCACAACAUCAGCAGAAAGAACCCCUCACACUACACCCCGUCCCAGAGCUCCCAUGGUCCACAGUGGCAGCUGAUAUUUUUGAUUGGCACGGGAAGCACUACCAGGUCCUCGUGGAUUCCUACUCUGGCUGGUUUGAGGUGGACCUCCUACACGACAUGACAUCGGCGGCAGUGAUAACAAAAAUUAAGAGACAUUUCUCUGUGCAUGGUGUGCCACACAUACUGCUUACUGACAACGGUCGCCAAUACACUAGCCAGCAGUUCCAGGAGUUUGCCAAACAAUGGGACUUCACUCACACCACCAGCAGCCCCGAAUUUCCACAAUCAAACGGGCUUGCAGAGAGGGCCGUACGGAGUGCUAAGCAACUCAUGGAGAAGUCUCACAGAGAUGGAUCUGAUGUCUUCCUUAACCUGCUGAACCUGAGAAACAUUCCCCGUGACAUUAUGCUGGGGUCCCCAGCCGAACGCCUCAUGUCCAGACAGACUCGUGCUGAUAUCCCAGUGAGCAGUGCACUGCUACAGCCCGUCGCAAGAAACUGCAGGCACAUCCACAGACACCUCCUUCAAAAAAGACUGACGGUGAAACGUCACUAUGACAAGUCCAGCCGCGCGCUGCAGCCCCUCCAAGAGGGACAGGUCGUCCGCAUGCAAACAGAAAGAGGCUACAACAAACUUGGCACUGUGACAGAUGUGUGCAAGGAGCCACGAUCCUAUGUCAUCCAGGCCAACGGCAAGACAUACAGGAGAAACCGCCGCCACAUCCUCCCUGUGGCAGAGCCCCCGCCACCUCUGAGCGAGCCCCACGACCCGGGGUGGCAGGACGCCGGCUGUCCCCCAGUGGGGGACACAACACGACACACGCACACCACGCUCCAAAGCCCAACAUCCCAAGCCCACCACCCCCUUUCACUCCUGACUUACCUCCGCAGGCCCCCAUCCUGCAUGGCGGACUAUACACCACUCGUUCGGGUCGCACCUGCAGACCCAAUCCAAAAUAUUUGUAAAAAGCUUUAAAAAAAAAAAAAAAAAAAAAAAAAAAAAAAAAAAAAAAAAA